AUGAGCAAUACUACCACUGCUGCCAAACAGGCAGAGCUGGCCCUACCUGGCACCAACAACUUCGCCAAACUACCCACAGAGAUCACGCUGAAUAUAUUCAGUUACCUCAGUCACUCUGAGCUCUUUAAUAGUGCUCUUGUCUGCCGCGAAUGGUACUUCAUUUCCACAGCGCCUACUCUCCACUAUGCCCUCGACCUCACUACCUUGCGUCAAUCCUCACUUAACAACUAUGUUCCGCCUGCCACCCUUUCAAGGCAUCUCUGUACAGCUAGACAUCUCACAUUCAACUCUCCACCCCACAUCUCUACUAAUAGCAUACUCUACCUUCUUACUCACGUUUCCGCCUCUACCAACUUGCGCACGCUCACGCUCAGCUCUAUGUCCAACGCCCGCAGCGCCUCGCCAGCACUAGCCCACUUUUUUGCCGCCGCCCAGAGCACACAGCUCACGCACGUUGAUCUCUCAAACACCUCCGUCACCACCCCCGUGAUCAGCGCACUGCUCCAAUCACACCGCGGGACCCUCCGGAGUCUAAUCCUCGACUUCACCGAGAUUGGGGACGGCGCCCUGAAGGCGAUUGCGACGGGGACGGCCCUGGAGAGGGUUAGCAUUGCGGGGUGCUUUGGGCUCUCGAAGGGGGCACUCAAGCGGUUUUUGGUGCGGAGGAUCCCGGGGCGGGUGAAGGCGGUGGGUCUGCGGUGGCUGCUGGAUGUGAGGGUUGCGUGGGUGUGGGAGAUGCUGGCACGGGCGGGUGUGCAGGAGGGGAGUGGCGGAGUGCUGGCAGAGGUGGACGUAGGUGGAUGUGAGAGGUUGACACUGGCGGAUAUAGAGCGUGUAGAGGAAAAGUGGCCGGGGGUGAAGGUGAGGCAUACGGCGGUUAAUGCGAAGGAUGCGGUGUGGGGAUAUCGGAAGUAUGUGGCGUUUUUGGCAUCACUUCAAGCUGAAGGAAUGCCGUUAGUACAUAAAGGCGAGAGAGCAGAGGCGGAGGCUAUGGCGAAGGCGCGCGUGUAUCCGGGAAGAAAUGUCGGAGAGACUUAUCGAUAUUAA